CGUCCGCCCUCCCUCCCUCCCUCCCACACCGUGACAGUGCCGGUACUCUGCCCGAAAAAAAAAGGAAAAAGACUUGGCCGGCCCUCCGCGGAGCCCCCGGGCAAGGGAAGUGGCGGCUACGACCCCGGCCUCGCGAUAGAUAGGGCCAACGACCGACCACUGUGGCCCCGGCUCUUCGCUCUCAAGCCGUUACUCAGCAGAACGAAGCCGGGGAAGAAGGGGCGGCGGCGGGCCGGCACCAGGAGGAGAGGAGCGUGGUGUUGGCAGCGAAGCAGCGAGGCUGGUCGGAGGACCUGCACCCAGCUGAGAUUUCACCCCGACUCAAUUUCCCUCCGUUCCCGUCUCUUUGUACCACUGGAUCAGAAACUUCGACUUUCUCAUACUACUGGACAAGAGUAGAAGAUGAAUAAUCUUUCAUUUAGUGAACUGUGUUGCCUCUUCUGCUGCCCACCAUGUCCAGGAAAAAUUGCUUCUAAACUGGCAUUUUUGCCACCUGACCCUACUUACACUCUGAUGUGUGAUGAAAGUGGAAGUCGCUGGACUCUACAUCUUUCAGAACGAGCCGAUUGGCAGUACUCUUCUAGAGAAAAAGAUGCUAUUGAGUGUUUCAUGACUAGAACCAGCAAAGGUAAUAGAAUUGCCUGCAUGUUUGUGCGCUGUUCACCUAAUGCCAAGUAUACUUUGCUCUUCUCACACGGAAAUGCUGUUGACCUUGGUCAGAUGAGCAGCUUUUACAUAGGACUUGGAUCCCGAAUAAACUGCAAUAUAUUCUCAUAUGAUUACUCCGGAUAUGGCGCAAGUUCUGGGAAACCUACAGAGAAGAACCUGUAUGCGGAUAUCGAUGCUGCUUGGCUGGCUCUUAGGACAAGGUACGGUAUCCGUCCUGAAAAUGUGAUUAUAUAUGGCCAAAGUAUAGGAACAGUGCCAUCCGUGGACCUUGCUGCUCGGUACGAGAGUGCUGCCGUCAUUCUUCAUUCUCCUCUGACCUCAGGAAUGAGGGUAGCCUUUCCUGAUACUAAAAAGACCUACUGCUUUGACGCAUUCCCAAACAUUGACAAAAUCUCUAAGAUAACAUCCCCAGUGUUGAUAAUCCACGGGACUGAAGAUGAAGUCAUUGACUUUUCCCAUGGCCUAGCACUGUUUGAGCGCUGCCAAAGACCUGUUGAACCUUUAUGGGUUGAAGGAGCCGGCCACAAUGAUGUGGAGCUUUAUGGACAGUACCUUGAAAGAUUGAAACAGUUUGUGUCUCAGGAACUGGUCAAUUUGUAAAUUGCUUUGUACAUUUUACAUACUGUGUUUCCUUCACCGCCGAACUGCACACCUUGGUAAAUAGCAUAAAGCCCAAAGGUUUUGUUUGCAAAUCAUGUCAGUUGCCUUCAUAAAUGUACAGGUAAUGAUUUGUUAACAGAAUUAAUGAAGGUUUUACUAAAAACUGGAAAAUUAGAGUAACAUGCAGUCAAGCUUGGUAAUUUAUAUAUUUUGUGUGACAUUUUUUUUUUUAUUAGAAAAACAUUAGGAGUACUGUAUGAAAUCUUUGUGAAAUCAAAUGCUGUAAAAGUGUUGCCAAAUGCUUUACCAUAUCAGAAACAAGUUUAUAAAUAUUUUUAAAGCAUCUCAAUGUAUUAACCCUAUUGCAAAGACGUACUAGCCUUCUGAAUAACCAUACCUCUAAAACAAAGAGCAAAUAGACAAAAUACAACAAAUUGUAAUAAAUACGAGAACAUGCACGUUCUCUGGAGUUGACCCAGACUCUGUUGUACAGGGGUAGAGGUCAAUAACAUUUUGGGGAUUUUGUUAUGUAAAUAUAUUUGAUCUCCUAUGUCCUCUAGUUACCUUUUUUAUUUUCUCCUCCCUGUCCCAUUUUAUUUUAAUAACAAUGUGAGAAUCUUAAUUUCCAGCCCCACACUUACCAACUGGCUUCUCUGUCAAAACGGGAAGUCAGAGAGCAAUGAAUUGUAACAGUUUUGAUCGAGAAGCUCGGUACUUUGAGGCAACUAACCUCAUACAUUUUCAUAUUAGUUAUUUUGAAGAUGUCUAGAGCUCAAAGAAUAGUUUUUACAUUUUAAACUUUGGCUGUUUAUGUAGAAAUGCAGUACUCUGAUAGUGUAGAAAUCUGAAAGUCCAUUUGGUUUUAUUCAGAAUCAUGUGCGUACUUGAAGUUGUGUCCGUUCAUCUUUUUUUAAAAAAAAGUCUAGAACCUAUUGUUUUUGAUUAUUGUCUGAAGAUUUUACUAAUUUACUCCUACGUAGGGGAAACGAGAAACAUAACACUUUUCUAUUAACUAAUGUAGUAAAAAAAAAAAAGACAAACUUUAUAAGUUGCCUUUCCUUGGACGAAUCUUGCCUGAAUAAAACGAUGAAAAACAAGUACAAGUAAAGUUAAUGGAAUGUAGUCUAAUUUGUAAAUGAAUAUUGAAACAAUGCACACUGUGGAUCGAUUUUAAGGCCUUAUGUAGUUUUAAUUGUUCUGCUUGUUCUGUGGUUAUGUCUAAGACUAUUGUAUAUGAUUCCUUUUAAAUGUAUAUCAAGUAUUGUGAAUGCUUUGCUUCAGAUGUCAACAGUAAAAAUCAAGUAUUCCAUCCA